AUGCGUCAAGAAGCGAGGCAAAGAAGUUUUUUUAAAAGGGGAGGGGGAGGUGGUGGUGGUGGUGGAGGUGGAGGAGGAGGCAUUGGGGGAUUCUGCAGCGGAUUAAUUAAGCGGCCUUACUGCUCCUCACCACUGGUUGCUCUCGUGCUCCUUUGGCUGAUCGGCUUUGGCAUCUGGAAUAGCGGCCUUUUCAGAAGCCGAAAUUCCUCCACGUCUGCUCCUGUCAUCGGUGAAGACGAUGAUCCCUAUGCCAGCGGCCAGCCUGGUGACGACGCAUGGACGGCUAAGUCAACCAAGACCUCUCAACCGGCCAUCACCGGUACAAAUCCCUCUCUUUCUGACGCGUCUGACGACGAUGAUGACCCCUGGUCUUCCAAAAACACGAAUCCUGGUUCGGUGACGUCGCCCAGCCUUGGCAAUGUAGGUUCGGAAAGCGAAUACGGGGAUGGUCUAGGAGGAUCGGAAGGAUCAGAAGUAGGAAGUGGAAUGGGAGGUGGGAAAGAUGCCAGUACCAAAGCUGAAACGGCCCAACCAGCGGCUAAGGCUGGGUGGUUUUCUUGGUUAUGGGGUGGUGGGAAGAAGGAGACGGAAAGCCCUAGCACUGCGUCAGACGAGGAGGGUGAGGGAAGCGGAAUCGGGACAGGCGGGUUUAGACCCGGAAGCGGGUCCGGGCUGGGUUUUGGAGAGGCUGGUAACGAGGAUGAGGAAGACGGGGAUGGAGGAAUGGGAGGUUCGACAGGGUGGGGUUCGAAGCUAGCUGGCUCUGGACCUGGGGGUGGUAGGACAGGAGGGUUUGGCGGCCUGCCGGCAACGGGUAUGGAGGAUGAUGAGGAUGAGGAGAGAGGUGCUGGUGGUUUGGGUGGCGGAAGAGGGAGUGCGAAGGGAGGGGCGUUUGGGGCUCGAGAGGAGGGGUUUGGUGGACGUACGAGUGGGAGGAUGGGUGCUUUUGGUGGGCGUGGCGGUGCUGUGAAGAGAAAAGGGAGUGCGUUUGGCGGGGAUGGGGAGGACGAGGAGGAGGAUGGGGAAGGCGGGGGAGGGAGCGGAGGGGCGUUUGGUGGAAGGCUGGGGAGUGCUGGUUCGGGUAAGAUGGGCAGGAUGGGAAUUGCGGGAGGGAGUGGUGGGUGGGGGGGAAAGGGAGGUGGACGGAGAGGAGGGGAGGACGAGGAUGAGGAAGAGGAGGAGGGAAUCGGUAGUGCGAUUGGGCAGAUGAGAGGAAAGGUCGGAGGUUUGGGAGGAAGAGGGGGAGUGAGAGGAGGGCGGGGGAGAGCGAGUGGGGAUGAUGAGGAGGAAGAGGAGGAGGAGGAGAGGAGCGCUCGUGGGGGUAGAAUGGGGAGGAAAAGGGGGAACAGGGGGGAUGAUGAGGAUGAGGAAGAGGAGGAGGAGGAUGGAGGGGAGGGAAACGCAGAGGAGGAAGAGGACGAGGAGGAGGAAGAGGAGAGUCCUAGGGCUGGGAGAAAGGGGCGGAAGAGAGCUGGGGAUGAGGAGGAGGACGAAGAGGAAGGAGACGAGGAUGAGAAUGAAGAGGAAGAAGAGGAGGGAGGGGAGGAGGAAGAGGAGGAGGAGGAGGAAGGAGGAGGCAGGGCGAAGCGGAAGAAGGUGGGAGGGAAGAAGAAGAGAAGUGGAGGGAAGAGGAAACGGGCGCGGGGAGGGAAGGAUGAGGUGGAUGACGCAGUGGAAGAAUUCGAGCAGGCGGCCAAAGAAGCAGAGGGGUUAGCAGCACGAAUCAAUAAGAAGAACCCGAGAAUUAAGGCGAAGAAGGGGGUUGCAGUGGCAGAGGAGGAGGAAGAGGAGGAGGAUGACGAGGAGGAGGCGGAGGAGGAGGAGGCGGGGCGGGGAACGGGGCGUGUGAGGCAGGCGGGGAGGGUGGGGAAGGAUGCGGCGAAGAGAAAGGAGGAGGAGCGUGUGGCGAGUAUGUUUUACGGGACCAGGGCGGCGGACGAGGCUCCCAGUGUGGAGGACGCGCAGGUGGAGGAGGAGGAGGAGGCUCCGGGGGAGGACGAUGAGGGGCUGCUUGAUUUUGCCUCGCUGCGGAUUCCAGGCACCGGCGUCAGAGGCACCAAGGUGAUGGAGGUGGAGCGGCAGCUGGCGUGUGUGGCGAGGGAGGGGCGGUGGGCGCUCAACUCGACGCCUAGAUGGCUGCCGUGGGACCUCAACCCGCUGAGAGUCAAGGAGCAGCCCAACUACCGCACCUGCGACAUGCUGCACGCCCAGCGGGAGGGCGGCAUUUACGGCCUCCAAGCCGAGCAAAUCCGCCAGAAGUACUCCCGAGCCUCCCGCCGCCGAGGCUCGGCCGCACCGGACUGGAAGGUUCGGCGGGAGGUGCUGUACGAGUGGCGCAGCAGCGAGCCGGAGCGGUGCCCGUUCGUGCGGUUCGACCGCGAGGGUUUCUGCCGGGCAGUGCGGGGGCGGAACGUGGUGCUGGUGGGGGAUGCUUUCAGCCUGGACAUGCAUGACGCUGUGCUGAACCAUCUGGUUACUGCUGCUACGAAAAGGGAUGCUGGUCGACUUGGCGAUGGAUGGGCCAAUGUCACGGAGGGCGCAUGCUUCGAGGCGGGCCACCAGCUAUGCACCGACGUGCCCAUCAACCCCACCUCCGCUGUUCUCCCCUCCUCCACCGCCUCUGGCUCGUACGGCAAAGGCCCCCCCGACACCACUGGCGCAGCAGGAGGGGGGGAUAGGCAGGGGGUGGAUGAGGAAGGUGGGAGUGCUAGCAGUAUAGCUGCCGUGCGUGGGAAGGAGCGCAGGAGGCGGGGGAGGAGGCAGGGAGGGGGCGCUCGAGGCCGCAUGCUGCUGUGGGAGUCCGAUGGGAGCGAGGAGGAGGACGAGGAGGAAGGGGCGGAGGGGACAGAGGGAGGAAGAGAUGGGGGAGGAGGGGGAGUUGGGGGAAGGGUGGGUCAAGGGAGCUCCAACGGGGGAGACGAAGGGGAUGAGGAGGAUGAGGAAGGCGGGGGAAGCGAUGGGGGUAGCCCCAGCGGCUGGAGUUCAGGGGGUGGCAGCACUGCUGGAGGAGGGUCGGGGUCUAAUCUCCAGCUGGGGUCCAGGUCUGGGUCAGGAUCGGGGCUAGGUUCGGGCAGAGGAGUGGCGAGGGGCGGGGAGGCAUCGUCGGCGGCAGGAUUUAACCUGCGGGUGGUGCUGAAUCCGUUUCUGACGCCUGACACAGGCCGCCCCACGCGCUACAACACCCGCUGGCUGCGCCGCCUGCGGCGGUGGCGCACGGAUAUCCUCAUCCUCUCCCGCACCGCGCUCUUUAAUGACAAGGACCUAAUGUUACAAGAGGUGCGAGACACCCUGGAGGCAGUGCGCGAGCUCUAUCCGGACAUGCUGGUCAUCUGGCGCAACUCCCCUGCGGGCCACCCCAGCUGCCACCGCUUCACCCGCCCGCUCAAGCGCCGCCCCAAGCCGCUGCAGCUCAGGGGGCAGCUGCCGGCUACUUGGACCAGACAUGCUGAGAUGAAUGCUGCCGUGCGGUCUCUGCUCAAGGAGUACGGAGUGGUUUAUCUAGACGUUGACUCAGCCACCUCCCUGCGCCCGGACGGCCAUCACAGGAGGAUGGACGGCACAGUGGACUGCCGCCACUACUGCAUGCCAGGCCCCCUCGACCACUGGGUCUCUCUGCUCUACAACCUGCUCCGCCUCAUCGACUCCCACUCCCAGCAGCCACAGCAGAGCGGGCAGCGAGGGCAGCAAGGGGUAUCACCCGAGCCUGUGAGCGCUGGUGCUGAUGGCGCUGGUGCUGCUGGUGGUGGCGAAGGAGGAGACAGCAGUAGAGAGGGGGAGGAGAAGGGUGGGAAGGGCGAGGGAGGGGCAGAGGACGAGGGUGGGGCAGGGAGUGGGGACCGACAGGAGGCGGGGGAAAGUGGGGCUGCAGAAGCAACCGGGGGUGUGGUAGAGGGAGGAAAAGAGGAUGUGGUGGCAGGCAGUGGGGAAGGGAGGGAAGCGGGCAGUGGGGAAGCGGGGAAAGAUGCAGGAGCAGAAGCCAAGGAGAGUGAUGGGGCUGUUGGGCCUUCAGAGGCAGGUGGGCUCGAUACUGGUGACGAGGGGGACAGGGAGGAGACGGGGAGGAAGGAGGUACCGGAGCAAGGAGCAGCAGAGGAAGGGGCAGCAGAGAAGGGAGGGGCAGGGGGGGAGCCAGGAGCAGGUGAGCAGAGAGGAGUGGAGGAAGGCACAGGAGCAGGAGGCGAGGAAGGAGGGGCAGUAGGGGUUGCGGAUGAAGGGUUGAAGGAGGGAGGGGAGGCUGGUAGUGUGAAGCGAACAGAGGGAUCAGGAGAGGAAGCAGGGAAGGCAGGGCAAGCAGGAGAGGCAGGGCAAGCAGGAAAGAACACGGAACAAGUGGGAGGGGGAGUGGAGAACAAGGAUGAAGGGAAGACUGGUGAUGGUGCUGCUACUGCUGCUUCUGCCACUGGUGGAGCUGACAGUGGUGGUGCUGCUGCUGCUGGCAGCAGUGAUAGCAGCAGUAGCGGUGCAGAGUCGUUCCCACCUCCAGAUGAUGCCACGCCUGCUGCUGACGCCUCGCCUGCGCCUCAAGUCAAAGCACCUGAACCCCUCACGCCCUGCAGGAACUACUCGGAAUGCAUCCCAGGGACGGCAGUGCGGGGCGCACAGGCAGUGGAGCAGACCAACCGUGAGAUGGCGUGUCUGGCGAAGGAGGGCCGUUGGAUCAAGUUCAACACGCCCCGCUGGCAGCCCUGGAGCAAGGACCCCAACCGCAACCCCCUGGCGCCCCACUAUGGCACCUGUGACAUUCUGCACCGCAGAAACAAGGGCGUGUUCGGCAAGGCAGCGGAGGACAUCCGGGUGUCGGGCACGGGCGACUGGAACGUGCGUCCGGAGCUGAAGCACACGUGGAAGGCCAGCCGAUUCUGCCCGCCGCUCAACGGGUACAACCGCGACAAGUUCUGCCGGGCCAUGGGGCAGCGCAACGUGGUGUUUGUGGGGGAUCAGUCGCAGCUGGCGCUGCACGAUGUGUUUAUCAACCACGUGCUCACCAUGAAGACUGCCAAGGAUAUCGGCACUGCUGCUGAUGCCUGGGAGGAGAAUGAAAUUCCCUUGUGCCACCGCAAACCGCACGUGGUGUGUUCGGACCAUGUGCCCGGGGGAUUCACCUUCCGAGUGGUGCACAACAACCUGCUCUCGCCUGACUCUGCCGGGGGCGGCAAGUUCAACCAGCGCUGGCUGCGCCACCUCACCGAGUGGAACGCCUCCAUUGUCGUCCUCAACAAGGGCUUCGAAAAAAGACCAACUGCCAAGUACCUGUCAACGCUACGUGCAUCGCUGGCGAAGCUGCGGGAGGUGGCGCCAGACGUCUUGUUUGUGUGGCGCAACACGUGGCGCGGCCACCCGGACUGCGGCAAUGCCACAGAGCCACUCAAGGCCGUGCCGCACAAUGAGACCAACGACAGCCAGUGGAGCUACGUGGUGGAACAGAACGAAGGGGCCAAGGCUAUUGUGAAGGAAUUUGGAGGCCUUUACAUUGAUCUUGAUUGGUCACUCUCGAUGCGCCCCGACGGACACAUCAAGAAGCUUGACGGCUCCAUGGAUUGCUACUAUUACUGCUUGCCCGGCCCACUCGACCACUUCAUGCGGCUCUUCUAUAACAUGCUUCUUUUGCUUGACUCUAAAGCAGCCUCUACUGCUGGGCCUCAACAAACAUAA